AUGCUUCCAAACUUCUUGUUGCUCACUUAUAUACUAACUUUGUCUUUCAUUAUCACCACUCAUUCAUAUACUAGCAGAUGCCUUCGUCAUCAGGAAAUCUUGUUGCUUCAGCUCAAGGAUGAGUUGAUCUUCAAUUCUUCUCAUUCGACAAAACUGGUGCGAUGGAAUGAAAGUGGCGAGUGUUGUAAGUGGCACGGUGUGGUAUGUGAUGCAUCUGGCUAUGUCGUUAGUUUGGAGCUCGAUGAUGAGGCCAUUUAUGGCGGAAUUGGGGAUUCGUCGAGUCUCUUCAGAUUUAAAUAUCUGCAAAAGCUUAACCUCGCCUUCAAUGACUUCAACUACACUCAUCCCAUUCCAAAAGGUAUUGGCAAUCUUACUUAUUUGACACACUUGAAUUUGUCAAAUACUGGUUUUGGUGGACAGGUUCCUUUUGAAAUUUCAUCCUUAACGAGAUUGGCUAGUCUCGAUAUCUCCAAUGAGUAUGCCAAUAUUUUAUGUCUUGAGCACCCGAAUUUGGAGAUGCUUGUCCGAAAUCUAACGGAGCUUAGAGAGCUCUAUCUUGACGGUGUCAAUAUCACUUCCUUUGACGAAAGGAGAAAAUGGAGCCAUAUUGUAUCAUCAUAUUUACCCAACCUCACAUCUUUAAGUUUCUCUUCUUGUUUUCUCUUUGGCCCUUUAGCAAGGUCGUUUUGGCAACUUCAUUCCCUCUCGAUUCUUCGACUAGAUUUCACCAAGCUUUCAACAGUAGCAGUUCCGGACUUGUUCACCAGUUUUCCAAAUCUUACCACCUUAAGUCUUGCUAGAUGUAGUUUAAAGGGCUCUAUUCCAUCCAGCUUUUCUAACCUGACCAAGCUGAUUCAUGUCGAUUUGACGAGUAACUUCUUGACAGGCUCACUUUCUUCUACACUAUUUGAAGGUCUUUCCAAUCUUGUUUAUUUAGAUUUGGGAUUUAACUCAUUCUCUGGAAAUGUUCCCCAUUCUCUGUUUGCUCUCCCUUCAUUGUUGGAACUUGAUCUUAGAAGCAAUAAAUUUAAUGGCACUUUCCAACUAGACAACCUUCGAAACCUUGCCAAUCUCACAUUUCUUGCUCUAUCUCAAAAUCGCUUGUCGGUAGAUGUUGGCAACGUCAAUUCAACUUCAUAUGGAUGUCUCCAAUUAAAAGUGUUAUACCUAGCUUCAUGCAACUUGUCCCAUUUUCCUGAUUUCAUCAGACAUUUGGAUAUGGAAGGAUUGGAGCUUUCAGACAAUCGGAUCGCUGGGGAAAUACCUAGCUGGAUUUGGGGAAAACAACUUAUGUUUCUAAACCUCUCACAUAAUCUUCUGACAGAUCUCCAAAAGCCUUACCAUAUCCCCACUUCUCUUCAGUUCCUAGACUUGCAUUCUAACCGGUUUAGAGGCGAGGUGCGGCUUCCCCUUCCACUUGAAUCUCAACUAUGGUACUUGUCUCUUGCUAAUAACAGUUUAAGUGGAUCAAUUGCAACCUCUCUAUGCAAUGCCAAACACCUCGACUCUCUUGACUUUUCUGGAAAUAAAUUAAGUGGGAGGAUACCCCCUUGCGUACUUGAAAACGUUAGGGGGCUUGAUCUCAGUCGAAACAACAUCAGUGGUAGCAUUCCAGAUAUUUUCUCCAAGGAUUGUAGGCUACAAUAUUUGGAGCUUAACAAUAAUAAUUUAGAUGGGAAGAUCCCGAAGUCCCUCAAAAGUUGUAGGUCGUUGAAGUUCUUGGAUGUCGGGAACAACAACAUCAAUGACAGCUUCCCUUGCAUGUUACCAUCGCGGUUGCUCGUGCUUGUUUUGCACUCCAACAGAUUCUAUGGGGAAGUGAGAUGUCACCACAACUGGCCAGAUCUCCAAGUUCUAGAUAUAUCUUCGAAUUAUUUCAGUGGAAGUUUAAAAUCAAUAAACUUCUCUAGUUGGAGGGCUAUGGUGCUACAGAGUGACGAACAUUUGAGGCGCAACAGCAUAAACGUUAAGUGCAUGCUAUCAUCAAUGACAUUGCGUGUUCUUGUUUUGCACUCCAAUGGAAGAGUGAGAUGUCACAACAAUUGGGCAGAAUUCCCUGUUAUAGAUACAUCUUCGAACUAUUUUAGUGGAAGUCUAGAAUCAUUGGACUUCUCUAGUUGGAGGGAUAGGAUACUACAGAGUGAUGAACAACUAUGGCUCCGUUAUAACUCUGUGAGGAGCUCACCAAGUGUGACAUUAAUCAUGAAAGGGCUAAAUUUAGAGCUCCACAACAUUUGGCGAGACUUUGGCAGCAUUGAUUUCUCUUCCAAUAAUUUCCAUGGAGAGAUUCCAAAUGCAAUUGGUGAUCUUACCUCGCUUCAUCAUCUCAACUUCUCCCUCAAUACCCUCAACGGAAGCAUACCAAAGUCAUUUGGUCAGUUGAGGAAUCUCGAAUCACUCGACCUCUCUGGAAACCAACUAACAGGGAUGAUACCAGUGGAGCUUGCAAGCAUUACAUUCCUUUCAUUCUUGAAUCUGUCCUACAAUAAGUUGGUCGGAGUCAUCCCAAAUGGCCCUCAAUUUCAAACAUUUACAAAUGAUGACUUUGAGGGAAAUGCAGGGCUUUGUGGUUUCCCUCUCAACAAAAGCUGCAGUCAUACUGAUGACAAUGACAGUGAGCUAUCACCGCGAGAACAUGAAGAUGUGGAAGAGAAGAGGGAGAUUGAGUGGGAAUACGUAUCAGCUGCACUUGGAUACGUUGUGGGUGUAGGGAUCAUUGUGUGGCUACUUCUAUUUUGCAGAAGAUUCAGAGAGAAAUAUUUCGGCAAAAUAGAAGAAGUUGAAGGCAUAUUCAUUGCCAGAGACAUGAGAAGACGGCGUACAAGAAUGGUAGCCAGGAAUCGAGCCAGGAGACAUGGAAUCAGAGCCACGGGGGGAUUAUGGCGGCACGCCAAGUCGCUUAAGGAGGUGGGCAAGUGGAAUCCUCUUUCGAGAGGGGAUUCGCUCUGGAAAGUUGAUCAUGAGGAAUCUGCUGCUGAAAUGUGGAAAUUACUUGAUACUCUAUAUACUGAAACCUCUAUGUCUUCAAGAAUUUAUCUGCUUGAAAAAUUGAUUAAGUUUAAGCUGGAUCUUGCUAAAGAUAUAGAUGAUAUUAAUGUUGAUAGGUUUAAGAAGCUUGUUCAUGACAUUAAGAGAUCAGGUGAUAAAACAAUAGAUGAAUACACUAGCAUAGCUCUGAUGAAUGCCAUGAUGAAUGCCAUUCCUGACUCCUAUAGUGAUGUUAAGGCUGCCAUUAAGUAUGGUAGAGACUCUGCUCCUCUAGACCUUAUAAUUAGCUCCCUGAAAUCCAAAGAACUUGAGCUUAGGGAGAGAGCUGCUGAUAAGAAUGCUUAUAACAAAGUGUUGAAUGUCAGAGGAAGAUCUAAAUCUAGAGGGGGCAAUGAGACCAGUAGUGGCUCUGGUAAUACCUCUAACUCUAGGAAAAAGUUUAAGUCCAGGUCUAGAAGUAAAGAUCCUAAAACCUAUAGGAGGUGUUUCAACUGUGGUGAAGUUGGGCACAAUAAGAAAGCCUGCACCAAACCCAAGAAGAAUAAGUUUCCCAACCACAAUGCCCAAGUUGAAACCCUUGUAAAUGUUGCUACUUAUGAUAAUGUGAAUGAUUCUGUCUUUUUACAUCUAAUGAUUGGUUAUGUGAUUCUGGAUGUACUUAUCAUAUGA